AUGAGCUAAUAUAAAAUAAUUAUUUUAGGGGCAACAGGGCUUGUUGGUUAAGCAACAGUCAAAGCUCUGGUAAAAUAAAAAAUAGCUGUAACAGCAGGAGUAAGAGAUAUAUCCAAGGCUAAAGAACUAAUGGCAUAUGGUGCUAAAGUAAUAUAAGCAAAUAUGGGUUUUGAUUAACAAAAGCUGGCAAAUAUUCUUUCUAAAUUUGAUGUGCUUUUUAUAGUAACUCCAGGACAUACUGAUAGGAUUAAUUUGACAAUAAACACAAUUAAUGCUGCUAAAUAAGCAAAUGUGAAAUAUAUAGUUAUGGUCUCUGAUACGAGUGCUCACAAUUAUGACACUAUUUUCGGUAAAUAGUUUGGAACAAUUGAGUAAUACAUUAAAUAGAGUGGCUUAUCUUACUGUAUAUUAAGACUCCCUAUUUUUAUAGAUAAUUUAUGGGGAAGUGCAGAAAGUAUAAAAUAUUAAAAUACAUUUUACGGACCUAUUGAUGGUAAUAAGAAAUAUAUUACAGUUGCUGUUCAAGAUGCUGCUUUAGCAGCUGCCAGUGUUCUCACUCAUCCUUUUAAUCAUGUUGGAAAAACUUAUACUAUCUAUAGUGACUAUAAAAGCAGUAAUGAGCUAGCUAGCUUAUAUUCUUUAGCUCUUGGAAGGCCAAUUUAAUAUAAAAAUAUUAUGUACGAAGGAACAAAGUAAGUUUUACUUAAAUAAAUGCCUGAGUGGUACGUAGAAGGGUAUUUAGAGUUGUUUAAACUUGUUGAAAAAUAAGACUUAAGCCAAAUACUAUGCUCAUAUGACUUCAAAAAUUUAACAAAUUAAAGUCCAACUACUCACUUGAAUUGGAUGUGGUAAAACUUCAAGUACUUUUGA